GGUGGCGCCCGGGCCCCCUCCGCCGCCCGCAAGGCUGACGCGUGUCUUGUGCCUCCACAGAAGGACUUCACGGUGCGCGAGGAGCUGCAGCAGCAGGACGUGGAGCGCUGGCUGGGCUUCAUCACCUUCCUGUGCGAGGUGUUCGGCGCCAUGCGCAGCAGCACGGGCGAGCCCUUCCGCGUGCUCGUGUGCCCCAUCUACACCUGUCUCAGGGAGCUCUUGCAAUCUCAGGAUGUGAAGGAAGACGCAGUACUGUGCUGUUCUAUGGAGCUGCAGAGUACAGGCCGGCUGCUGGAGGAACAGCUGCCCGAGAUGAUGACAGAGCUCCUGGCCAGCGCCCGGGACAAGAUGCUGUGUCCCUCGGAGUCCAUGCUCACCCGGUCACUGCUCCUGGAGGUCAUCGAGCUCCAUGCCAACAGCUGGAACCCUCUGACGCCCCCCAUCACGCAGUACUACAACAGAACCAUCCAGAAACUAACAGCCUGACAGCCAGGGGGCCUGGCGGGCGGCCCAUGGGCAGCUGGGGCCCUGGUGUGCAGGGCCAGAUGGACAGGCGGGAGGACAAGGGUGGCCCUGGUGGGAGAAAGAAAUGGGGAGGAGGAAGGCAGGCCAAGUCGGUGGCCGGUCCAGAGCCAGACGGGGAAGGGAUCAAAUCCCUAAGAGAAACCGUCUCCCCGCCAAGGAGCCCCCAGCCCGAGCAUGUGUCAGCUCACACCAGUAAGGGAAGCAUGUUUCUCAUGGUGGCCCUGCCCCCCCCCCACUCCACCCCCUCCCAUCAAGCCCACCCCAGCAGAGCUUCAUGCAAGGGGAUCUCAUCUCUGUGACUCCUUAGUAGCCUCGCACACCGGGGUACCACUUGGGGCAGAAAGGACCUUGCAAGGCUGCAAAAGUGGGUCGACACGGGGCUCUCAUUGUUCCCUCAUGCUGUCAGCCACAGUGGCCAACUGGCAGCAGGCGACGUGUAGCAGAUGUCCGGGAGGACAAAGGCAGGCACGGUCCCCACCAGCCGCCCAUAAUUGACGGCCUUUGUCAGCCACCGCGGAGCUGGGGGGCGGCAAUUCUCUAACCUUCACGCUCCACCCUCCAGGCUUCGGUUCCUCCCCCCUCCAGCCCCCAGCCUCAGCCUCGGGGGUGGCGAGCGGGGGGCAAUGGGCUUUGCAGGUCUGCUUGCACUCUUUUGUUUUAUUGUGUUUUAUUUUUCAAAAGUUGGUUGCUUUGAAGUCUCUUCUCUCAAUGAAAAUGCCCUCUAUGUGAUCACACAGUCAGCACCGCAAGGACCCCCUGAUUAGUGGGAGAUCAAACCCGGCCCCCUCUGGAAGGAUUCUAGCCACAGACAGCUUGCCAGUAGCCAAUUAGGGUAAUUGGAAACUUCUGCCCCGGCAGGGGUCCCCACUGGAAUCCUGUGUUCCUGGCCACCGGCCUCCAGCGCCUCUGCUCUCUUGCUGUCUCUCAAAGGGGUGAUACUGUCGCCACUGGUCCUGGCCCCAGGGUCUUAUGGCGAACAGGGCCCGGAAGGAGGCUAGCAAAUUAAAAUCAAAAUGUUAGGUGGUGUUUCCUGGCUCCACAUGCAGAUCUCAGUGGGAGAAGAGCCGGAGGCUGCCUGGCCCCUUGGGACUUGGAGGUUUAGCUAAUAGGCUGUGUCGCUGCCCCAGCCUCAUCCCAGGCAGACUGUUGGGAAAGGGUUGAAUUCAUUGAGUCAUGAGCCGGACAGUCAGGUGACCAGGCAGGGCCACCAGAUGGAGCUUUCUAGGCUGGAUACGAAGCGCGGGUAUCUUGGGAGGUCCCAGUCCUGGGGAGCAGCCCUUUUGUGCUGGCCAGAGAGAAGGACGUGGGUCAAGCUCUGGGAGACUGGCUCCAUCUCUGGGGUCUGGAGCCCACACUGAUGAGCCCCCAGAAAAUGAUAUCACAGCCCUGCCGCUUCCUUAUUUACUCCUUUAUUGAGGUCCCACCCUAGGUCAGAUCGGAGGCUCCUCCUAGCCUCCUGGUCCAAAUCAGACCGGCCAGGAGACAGGUGGGGUGCGGAGAAGGUUCCCGAGCUCUCCCUAGCUUUCCCACUGGCUGCAACCUGCCUCCAAGCCCCAGCAUGGUAACUUACACCAGUUCCCAAAAAGAGUUAUUGCGGACAAGGUGUGAGAGCACAGGUUUACCUGAAACAGGGCAGUGGCUCUGCCAAGAAACCCCACUGCCCCUGCUCCCGCCCUCACGCACCUACCCUUCCCGAGCUUCCUCAAGCCUCUCCUUCCUGCCUGUCCUCCCACCGGCACCUGGGACCCAGCCUGGGGCCUGGGAAUACCAGAAGCCCCACAGGAGGCCUUGAGGGAAGAGCUGGGCUGAUGUUAGGGGGCUCAGAGAGGCCACCGGGGAAAUCCCACAGCCCAGCCAGAUGAGCACAGCCCUCAGAGAGCCGCCCUGUGCUUACACAGGCCCUGCUUCCCUAAGUGCACGUGGGGGGCGUGUGUGCGUGUGCAUGUGUG